UGUGUGGGUGUCGGAGCGGUCCAGUAGUGUGGCGCGUCAGUGUUGUGUCUAGGGAGGUGAGGACUGCUCGUACUACAAGGGUCUCCGUCGUUUUGCUCCCUCGAAAAGUUUUCUUACACACAAACGCGCGCGCGUGCUCGAUCACACAUAUACACACCUGCGUAAUUAGUGCCUCAGCCGUGUUCUAAAUGGCACCUUUAUGAGUGGACAGUAGACUGGUUGUCCUUAGCACAAAUGGAUAACACAGAGUGCGAUAGUGAAAGUGAAGUGAACUUCGUCAGGUAUUUGUUGGCCGUUCAACAAGGCAGUAGGCGAUGUCUUGAAGACAUUUUCCGGUUGCUGUAUCGGGCCUGGAGUCACGGGAAGACCUAUGACACACUGCAAGAGUUCUGCGUUGACGCUCUGGGCUGGGAGAGAGAGGACCUGGCCAACUUAUUCAUCUUGGCUGAGAAUGAUCUCGGUAGCACUCUGGGUGGAAGAAACUUUCCUAACAAGUCUCAGAGAGUGCACGGUGUCCAGCAGCCUUUGAGGUCCCCGUCAGAGAACGUCAAGCCGCAAGUGCUUUGUGACACCCAGCACACGAUCCGGCCCAGCAGGAGUAUUGUCCGAAAGAAGAGGUCAUCUUGGAAGAUAAUCACUCGAUCAGACACCUCCGUGAUCCUAGGGCCCGGCUUACAAGGUCUCCACGACGUGAAGCAGGCACCUCAGGAGUCCGGGGAUUCCACAGAAGAGGUUUCCUGUGAAACAUGUCGACCAAACACUGGUGUUGGCAGUCACUUGCCUCGGCACUCCCACUCGGUUAUACCAGUAAGUGUCGACCGUAUUACACCGUCAAGGCAAGAGGCUGGCAGUAUUGUACCACCAAAGCAAGAGGCUGGCAACAUUGUUCCAUUAAAACAAAAGGCUAAUUACGUUGUACCAUCAAAACAAGACCUUCGUACUGUUGUACCAUCAAAACAAGACCUUGGCACUGUUGUACUAUCAAAACAAGACAUUGGCACCGUUGUACUAUUAAAACAAGACCUUGACACCGUUGUACCAUCAAAACAAGACCCUGACACCGUUGUACCAUCAAAACAAGACCGUGGUACCGUUGUACUAUUAAAACAAGACCUUGACACCGUUGUACCAUCAAAACAAGACCUCGACACCGUUUUAUUAUCAAAACAAGACCUUGACACCGUUGUACCAUCAAAACAAGUCCUUGACACCGUUGUAUUAUCAAAACAAGACCUUGACACCGUUGUACCAUCAAAACAAGACCUUGACACCGUUGUACCAUCAAAACAAGUCCUUGACACCGUUGUAUUAUCAAAACAAGACCUUGACACCGUUGUACCAUCAAAACAAGACCUUGACACCGUUGUACCAUCAAAACAAGUCCUUGACACCGUUGUAUUAUCAAAACAAGACCUUGACUCUGUUGUACCAUCAAAACAAGACCUUGACACCGUUGUAAGAUCAAAACAAGACUUUGACACCGUUGUACCAUCACAAGAGGCUAGUCACGUUGUACUAUCAAAACAAGAAGCUGACAACGUUGUACUAAAAACACAAGACCUUGGCACCGUUGUACCAUCAAAACACAAGGCUGGCAUCGUUGUAACAUCAAAACAAGACCCUGGCAACGUUGUACCAUCAAAACAAAAGGUUGGCAACGUUGUACCAUCAAAACAAAAGGCUGGCAGUGUUGUACCAUCUAAACAAAAGGUUGGCAACGUUGUUUCAUCAAAACAAAAGGUUGUCAACGUUGUACCAUUAAAACAAAAGCCUGGCAACGUUGUACCAUCAAAACAAAAGGUUGACAACGUUGUACCAUCAAAACAAAAGGUUGGCAACGUUGUACCAUCAAAAAAGGCUGGCAACGUUGUACCAUCAAAACAGAAGGUUGGCAACGUUGUACCAUCAAAAAAGGUUGGCAACAUUGUACCAUCAAAACAAAAGUUUGGAAUCGUUGUACCAUCAAAAAAGGCUGGCAAGGUUGUACCAUUAAAACAAAAGGCGAGUCACAUUGUACCAUCAAAAGACCCUGGCAACAUUGUACCAUCAAAACAAGAUCCUGGCAACGUUCUACCAUCAAAACAAGAGGUUGUUAACAUUGUACCAUCAAGACAAGAGGCUGGCAACGUUGUACCAUCAAAACAAGAGGUUGGUAACAUUGUACCAUCAAGACAAGAGGCUGGCAACGUUGUACCAUCAAAACAAGAGGUUGGUAACAUUGUACCAUCAAGACAAGAGGCUGGCAACGUUGUACCUUCAAAACAAGAGGCUGGCAACGUUGUACCUUCAAAACAAGAGGCUGACGUCAUUGUACCAUCAAAACAAGAGGUUGACAUCAUUGUACCAUCAAAACAAGAGGCUGACAUCAUUGUACCAUCAAAACAAGAGGCUGACAACGUUGUACCUUCAAAACAAGAGGCUGGCAACGUUGUACCUUCCAAACAAGAGGCUGGCAACGUUGUACCUUCCAAACAAGAGGCUGGCAACGUUGUACCUUCAAAACAAGAGGCUGGCAACGUUGUACCUUCCAAACAAGAGGCUGGCAACGUUGUACCUUCAAAACAAGAGGCUGACAACGUUGUACCUUCCAAACAAGAGGCUGACAACGUUGUACCUUCAAAACAAGAGGCUGACAACGUUGUACCUUCCAAACAAGAAGCUGACAACGUUGUACCUUCCAAACAAGAGGCUGGCAACGUUGUACCUUCCAAACAAGAGGCUGGCAACGUUGUACCUUCCAAACAAGAGGCUGACAACGUUGUACCUUCCAAACAAGAGGCUGGCAACGUUGUACCUUCCAAACAAGAGGCUGGCAACGUUGUACCUUCAAAACAAGAGGUUACCAAGGUUGUACUAUCAAAACAAGAGGCUGGCAACGUUGUACCUUCCAAACAAGAGACUGACAACGUUGUACCUUCCAAACAAGAGGCUGACAACGUUGUACCUUCCAAACAAGAGGUUGCCAAGGUUGUACUAUCAAAACAAGAGGCUGGCAACGUUGUACUUUCCAAACAAGAGGCUGGCAACGUUGUACCUUCCAAACAAGAGGCUGGCAACGUUGUACUUUCAAAACAAGAGGCUGGCAACGUUGUACCUUCAGAACAAGAGGCUGGUAAAGUUGUACCUUCCAAACAAGAGGCUGGCAACGUUGUACCUUCAAAACAAGAGGCUGGUAACGUUGUACCAUCAAAAGAUAAGACCAGCGUUAUUGUAAAUCAGGAACCUAAAUUUGUUGAAUCACUAAAGGAAGUCAAUCUUACUUGCUCACCUAAUAUGGUCGCCAGUGUUGCAUCACCAGAACAAGAAGCCAACAGUAUUACUAAACCAAAAAAAAAGAACACUCUUAUUGUACUAACUAGACGAGAAGACAGUCGUAUUUCACCAGCUAAACUACAAGACAGUUGUAUUGUACCAUCUAAACAGGAAGAUAGUCGUAAUGUACCAGCUAAACAGGAAGACACUUGUAUUGUACCAACUAAACAGGAAGACACUUGUAUUGUACCAACUAAACAGGAAGACACUUGUAUUGUACCAACUAAACAACAAGACAGUCGUAUUGUACCAAAUAUAGAAGAGGCAGACAGUGUUGGACAAUCAACACAGGUGACUGUUGACAGUGUUGCACAGUCAACACAGGUAUCUAAUGACAGUGUUGUGAUAUCUACAGAAGAGCUCUCGAGAAUCAUUCAUGAGGCCAGCCACACACUGCGGCUUUCCCAAGGGCACCAGAUCAGUAAUCUUAACACUCUUAAUACUAACCAAACAAACUUAUUGGAUCUUCAACCAGACCCUAGCCAACUACCGCAGAAGGUGCUGGUUCUCCUCCUGACGGUGGGCUUCCCGCAGCUCCCUGCCAGGGCCAAGUAUAUGUUACAGCGGCUUCAACAUCUUGUUUAUGUGGUGUGUUAUCAGGACAUAGAGUUUGACGAUCAUCAUCUUGCAAUGAGACUUCGAGGUCUCAGUAACGUGAUCAGUGAAUUGUUAUCUAUCGUUGUUCACUAUUGCAAACAAGUGAUAGAAAGAGAUAUCAAGGAGGUUGCAGAUAAACUGCGUAUAGCAAAACAGAGAUUUAGAAAGGCUAAGAAAGUGUUUGAGGAACAUGUGAAUUUAGUCAUGAAAACACGGGAAGACCUGAAGUCUGCUGAAAGGGACCUUCAAGAAGCUAAGAUAAAAAAUUCUAAACUUUUCAAAGUUUAUUCAAGGUCACAAAGUCAGGAGCCAGAGGAAACGACCCGAGUUGCCAACGCUGACAUUUGUGGCAGAGCGAGACGGCUGCAUUCUGUAGGAGCCAUAAGCAACUAUACUUAUACUGACGCCAGUGGUCAGAGGGAUUCUGGGAACGUUUCAUUGGCUGAUGAAUUAGAUGGGCGUGGUUUAGAGACAAGGCGCCAGGAUGGUGCUCGAGAUGUCGGUGAUAGUCUGUUUGUGAGCGUCAUGAAAGAAGUGGUUGCCAUCGAAAAGAAACACGGUAGUUUCAGAGAAGUAGACAGAAAGCUCAAGAAGAUGCUAAGGAAUUCCCAAGAGUCCGUCAUCAUGACAAAGAAAAAAGUGAGCGAUAGAUUAAAUUCCAAUGUUUCUGCUGAGCAAGACGCGAUUGCAAAAGAGGACAUCGUUAAUGAGAGGUUUGCCGUGACAAACAAACUCGCCAAGGAAAUAAGGAAAUUUCGCCAAGAUUAUAAAGCUCUGCAAGAAGAAGAAAGUGUAAUGAUAUCAGAUAUAACUGAUGACGUAGAGACCAAGAGGAUGAUGGAGCUAAGCGAAGAGGCUCUAUUUGAGGGCCGACGUGGUGUACAGACUCUGAGACGCGACGAACGUGGAAAACUAGUGACGACGACCAGGCAACACACGGCAGCGUCUUCCUCUAGUGCCGGGGUCUUUGACGUAGGGGAAUGGCUUAUGAGAAAGCGAUUUGUUGCAACGGAAGUGAAGAAGGUUUACUCGAACCUGAAAGUAAACGAUACAGAGGACAUUGUGGAUGUCCUGGAGAUUCUUGGAACGAGUAUUGAGAACCCAUCAGUCGUCAUUCUCUCUGGUCCUAAAGGCAGCGGGAAGUCUAGUAUUUGCCACUAUCUGCUGCACCAGUGGAGAUUUGACAAAUUUAAAAAAAACUCGAGGCUUCAUGAGUUUGACUUAGUUGUGUACUGUAAACUAAGUGAUAUGCUCCCCUCAAUGUCCUGGAACCAAUACCUGAGGGAUCACAUUUUUUGCCUUACCCUCAAAGAUUUCCCUGACACUGAUAUUUAUGAGGCCCUCGGGACCAUUACGGCACUUUUUCUGUUAGAUCUUGGCACUCUUACAUCUUCAUAUAGCGAGGUGUUAAAAGAUGUCUUCAGUAAUCUGGGGAAAAAUCAAGCAGUUGUUACUGUCCGUCCGGGAAGCGAAAAUGGUGUUGCGGAAAUUGCUAAAGGUUUGAAGCUCGAAUUUCUUAGAGCAAGUCUUUGCCCUAUGACCCCUGAAGCCAUUAAAUAUUAUUCUUCAGUGCUCUUGUCCAUGGUUGAAAAAAGCUCCUCUGUUGUAGCUAAAGUAAAUCAGUUCACAAAAUUACUUCAGACUAUGAACGUAACAGAAACUCUACUGUACCCUCUGCCUGUGGCUUACCUGUUGCACGUGUGGCGCUUGGAUCCUUGUUUUGCUCUCCGAUCAACCUCAGUGUCUCACCUCUUUAGCCAGGUCAUCAUAUUGUGUCAACAGACCUUGAUGGAAGCUUUAAAUGUGGAAUUAAGAGGUGACAGGGUGUCCACAAGGGUGAGGGUGGAGCAGCUUACUCACCACCUGUAUGAAGCUGCUUGGACACUUCUGACUCGUCAGAGUUGGGCCCAACACGACCACACGUUGCUCGAGCCCCAGCACAAGCUGAUGGAAAAUCCUCUCUUUCUCAAUAGUUUUAGUCCUCUUCUUGUGGUGAGGGAGGAAACUGACAGAACACAGCGUGGAGUUCUUCCUCAUGCUUCACUUGCUGAAAUCCUUUGCGGGUUUUUCCUUACCAACCAAAGAUUGCGACGUUCUAAAGGUUCGCCUUUGCUUCGUCGCCGCGAGAAAUUGGAAAAAUACUGUGUUCCUGAAAUAAAAAGAUUCAGAUACGUACUGCCGCAUGCAGCUGGAGCUCUUGUCUAUAAUAAACACAGUUUGAAUGAUGCCAAAGAAAUAGCGUCUUUAUACCUAAGAUCAUUGUCAGAAGAUCGAGACAUGAUAUCAUGGCUGGUGCUGCUCAGGGAGUGUGACUUCAUAACACACAUGUGUACAGCAGCGUCGGGAGUGUUGUCCAUUUACAACACAUGGACAGUUGCCCAUCACGACCAGCAAACCAACUGUGCUGUGUCCGAUUUACUUAGAAAGGGAGCUUAUCAGCCUCAGCUGAUAAUUAUAUCACAGACAUUUCAAGGAGGAAAAUGUAGGUGUGGGGGAUCCUGUAUUAUCCGUGCCCUGUCCACCUGCUCUUCGACGCUGGUUCACCUUCGCCAGGAGUCUCAGUUCUACGCCUGGGGGGAAGAAGAAACCUGUGACUCUCUGGUGGUUCCCCUGCAGCCGCCGGGCACCUUGCAGGAGUGUUGGGGUCACCUCGGUGUGGAGGGAGCCAUGGCUCUACGCCAUAGCCAUCACUUAGAGGAACUUAAUGUCAGGAUCUCCUCAUGCGAGGCCUUAGCGGCCCUCGUACACAGCUUGGUGCACCUCCAACGCCGUCUCCGCUUCCUUUACAUCCGUCUAGAUAUUUCUCCCUCAACGCCAGCCUCCAGCCUUCAACCACUCAAUUUCACUGGCAGGCGGCUAUGGUUGAGAAUGAGGGGCAUUAGUGACUCAUCAGUGGACUGGAUAAAGGAUGUGACAAGCAGACUGAAUAACUGGUAUACGGAGGUAUUAUUGGAGGAAAGCCGUGUGUCCCCGUCUUUGCUGCAAGAUCUCAAGGAAAGCCUACCUCACACUGACGUUCAUAUUUCCAGUUAACCUUGCUGCAGUUUUUCUCUGUAUUUUGACAGCUAUCGAAUUAUUUCGUUUAGUGUAAUAUAUGUUUAUCACGUCAACAUAGACCACGAGUCAGUGUGAUAACUAUAACAAUACUAGGCGAUUUGUUUCUCUUAUGUAUACACAUGCAAUAAGAUCACAGUAAACAGGUGAUUUCAUAAUAUGCAAAACAACCACUGUGAAAGAAUAAUGAAAUUCUAAGCGCUUUCGUGACUACUCACAAUAUCAAGGAACAAUAAAUUUUUUCCUUGAUGCUUCCUGCCGCCUCGGAAAUGAAAAAAAAAAUAUUCUAAAGGUGUACAUUCACCUAUUGACCUCAUCACAUCAAAAUGUACAGGCUACCAAUGUGAUUCUCCGGUGAAGUCCAUAGUCGUCUUUGAAAUUUGGUUUCAGACCAAGAGUGCUAAACAUGUACAGUGUACAUAUACUUUUGAAACACAUGACCGGUGUUCCACAAAGGUGUGCUUUGUUUUUAUCUAGUGUAUACACUUACACAUUACCUCGUAACUAUAAAUGAAACUGUAAGAGUGGCCAAGGGCAUGCAGGUGUGUUACAUGAAUCAUAAAGACAACAUAUACAGGAUGACUGGGGAGUCGAGUUGGUACAAAACAUUCAUCUGUACAGGGAAACUACAACAGGCUCUGCACACACCUACAA